AUGUCCUAUUCCUCGGGCCGUCCCCUGUCGUCUAGCUGGGCAGCCCAACACCCGAACCAAUGGGACCACAGAAAAGCCAUCCAGUCGAGCGGUGUCGAUCCUCUGUUUAAUCAUCCUAAUAAUAUCCUACACUCAACCCCCCCACAUGGUGAUGGAUUACCGGCAUACGCCGAUCCGUCCGAGUCGCUCCAUGAUACACCGAAACCCAACCCCCCAACCGAAAAGAUGGGGGCUGCUAGCAAGGCUUUGACAGGGGUGAGAUUACUCAGGGAAACCAUAGAGGCCGAGUUCCAACGCCUCAACGAUGUGUCGUCCAAGUCAACUUCACCUGCAACUCGUAGGCUUCGCUGCCAUUUUCGAAACUCCAAAGAGUUAGCACAUGAUGGGAUGUUGGUAUGCCGCGAUCUCUCAGAGGGCCUACCUCCAGUCACUCUUGAGGAAGUCUUCGCUGUUGCCUGCGUAUCCCACGCCAUGUCCCAGAUCCUGGUGGGCCAAAAGCGAAUGGAAGAGACCCAAGUGCUGUCGGGGUUGCAACAAUGGAAAGAGGGUAUCGAAAACCUGCAUGAACGAAGCGACUUUGACGCCUUGGCAUCCGAAAUGUGGCCGUCCAGCUAUACCUCUUCGACUAGGCCGGAACAGUUUGCGCCCGGCCCUUACUUUAUGGAGGGGAUCGAUUUGCCAGAAGGCCAAGACAAUACAUUACAUCUUCCCCCUGGAGCCGCCGCGAUGGGCCAGGUUUCCCAGGAUGCGUUCCCCGCAGAUGACACCAGGCCCCCAGCUACCGCCCUGGGAGGGAAUACUCUGGAGUUAUGGGCGAACUGCACCCCAGGGGCAUACGGCUUCUCUCAUCUCCGCCACGUCGACGGUGGAUAUUCCUACGUGCCCCGAAACGAUAUCGAUCCUCGAGAACUUUCCAAAUUUUGCCCCCCUGAUCAACCCAUCCCCGGAUACAACCCUCCACCUUUCUACCACUCCCCAUGGGAAGGCUGGCCUCCGGCACCAGCACAUCCCUCUCCUCGCUGCCAAACACCGAUGCCCUCGCUUCCUUCAACGAGCUCUCCUUCCUGUAGCCGGCGCCUUUAUCGCUUCCCGGUGACCGACGAAGUUUCCGACUGCAAGGCUACCAACCUACGAAACACGAUCACGUUUCUCGCUGUUGAAGUUUUUGCCAGCGAUUCCGGACAGGGCUUCUACUUGUUGUCCGGUAGCGGCAUGACAGCAGCACGAAGCAGGACUGGGUCGGGCGGGGCCAACGAGCGCUCCAAAGUUGAGAGGAGGCUUAGGAGGGAGUUUUUCGAUCCACUGAAAAAGACCGGGGCGGACGACGACGAAUUUCUAGCCUUGCUGGCUGUGGCUAAGAAAUUCGUCGUGCUCGGCUUGUUCGGGACCAAAGUUGAGGUCCAAGACUACUUAGUCGCAAUAUCCAAGCCCAAGUUUAUCCGCUGGAUAUUUGGGGAGUCUUCUGACUCGAUGAAAGCGUGCGACAACAAGCCUACACACCAAAGAGGCCCUGGACAACAAAGCAAACGCCGCGAACCUCCAGAGAGACACGUGGACGAGAAUGGGCCGGCGAAGAAGAAGCAGCGCGUCUACCGCUGCGAGGAGUGUGGACACGAGUUUGGCUACUUCUGCGAUGGUGAGAACGGUAUUUCAGAGUUAGAAUAG